AUGGAAGUAAUAGAAGCAAGCUCGGACUCUACGGAAUUGCUCCAAGACGCCAUUCGCAGCAAUGCCACACGUCUGUGUAUACUCCUGGAAGACAUUGAUGUGGUCGAGUUGACCCAAGUCCUCCGAGGUCCCCUGGGCCAAGAAUUAUCUGCCUCGGGUAUCUGUUCGAUUGCCUUGGAUGGCGAAAAUUACGCCGGAUGGGAGGAUACCCGAGCCAUGGAAGACUUGUUGGACGUCUUUGGCACAGUGUGCCAAGGAUUGACCAAGUACGAAUUCGAGUGCUUUGUCCCCGAAGUACCCACGCCCGAGCACUUGUUUCCCGUACGGGUAUUGACUCGAUUGCUGCGUCAGGUCCGAGGACGAUUGGAAAUUUUACGCCUCAACGAAGUCGUACUGCAUGCUACCCAAGACGAAUACCGAGAAUUUUUGCAAGUGGUCCGGACUUUGAAAUGUCUGCGAUGCUGUUUUCUACAAGAUACCGUCUCCAUCAUGGUGGAUAUGGAACCACGCUCGUUUGAUGAAGUACUCUUGGCAAUUGCACAAUUACCGCUCAUUGUCGAGGUUUCUAUGGAGACCGAUUGGUGCAAUGCCGCAGGCGACUCGCGUUUGGAAACCACGCAAUCCAUUCAAGCCCUUUGUUCUUCUCCUACCAUUCAGUGUCUUUCCUUUGACAACAUGCAUCCCAACAAUCACGCCUUUAUGCAUAUUUGCCAAACGCUGCAAACCAACACGGCCUUGCAAAUAUUGCACAUUAAAUUCGCCCAGUUUGGAAGCAACAACCACAACAUGGCCGUCUUUUGCGAUUUUUUACAAUCCAACCGCGGGCUCCGAGAGCUGGAAUUGGAAUUUCAACAUUCACUUUUUGGAUCCUUUUUGGAUCCCAUUUUGAUUGCCAUGGCCAAGGGAAUUGCGCAAAAUCCCCAUUCGACACUCCACACGCUCGACAUUCGAGCACGACAAGAAUUUGGAGCCACCGUGGAAGAUGCGCUGUUGCAAUUGAUGCGAACCAAUUAUGUCAUUGAAAGUCUCGGCAUUGUGUCGGUCGAUGAGGAUGGCCAAGAACGCACGUACGAACCACGGCGACGGACCGAAUUGGAUCUAUUUGCACGCUUGAAUGGGUACGGACGCAAAAAACUCAUGGCGAGUCAAACGCGUCGACCGUUUGUCCACGCGUUUGCCACUCAAUUGUCCCAUGAUUUGGAUGGUCUCUAUUAUUAUCUCCGCAUUCAUCCCUGGCUCUGUCAAGCCGAUUCAGCACCGGCGCCGCCACCACGCAAUAAGAAGAAGCGGCGGUUGAAUAAUCCUAGCACGACAACAACAGCAGCUGCGCAGGACGAUGAAUUGGAACAAUUGCGCCGGGAAAAUGCCGCGCUCAAGGCCAAGUUGGCGCGGUUGGGGGAGACAAUCUAG